AUGGUCUCGUGUAAACUAGCUUUGGGACUUUUGGCGUCAGGCGCGAUCGCCAAAGCCGCCCAGACUUUCCAAGUGGCCCUCGACUACCAACAAACGCUGGGCGUUUGGUACUAUUUCCGUGAGAAUAACGAUCUCGUGGAAGUCUCGCCCAAUAACCAGGGUCUCGCCGUCACAGUGAACUCGGACUCGAAUGUGUGCGACAUCCUGCGCUCCGGCAUGAUCGUCGUUAAACCAGACGACAGCACUUCCAACACGCUGGUCACGUGGAACCAGUACGAAGUGUUCCAUUUGGACGACUCCGAGGGCCAGGAGCUCACAUGGACCAGCACCGCCGUGCAGCAAGCGUGCUCGGGCGGCUCUGCGUCCCUCUCCUCCACCACCAACACUCUCAGCACCACCUUGACCGCAGGCAGCUCAAGCUCCGUGGGUGCGUCGUCGUCCUUCUCCGGUACCACCGUCAGCGCUGGCGGCUCCUCUUCGACCUUUGGCACUGCCUCCGGCACCUACACCGGCACCUCUCCUCUGUCGACUAUCAUUGUCAACACUGGAACUGCCAUCCAAUCCUCGUUGAUGAGUUCUGCGUCUGGCUCCGUGACGCCUUCAACCGUCACCUCCUCCUCGUCCUCUUCAUCCGCUGCCUCUGGCCAGUACACUUACUCGGUGGUCACUAUCACUGAAAGUGGAACCGUAACUUCCUACACCACUUACUGCCCUGUUUCCACGAUUCCAACAUCCUCUACGAAACUGCAAACUUCCGUUGUCACUGCUACUGAAAACGGUAUUACCAGCAUCUACACCACCACUUUCCCGGUGUCGACUAUUGCUGCUUCUUCCGCUCUUACAACCUCGGUUGUAACCACUACAAUCAGUGGUGUGGAGACCAUCUACACCACCACUUGUCCUUUAAGUGGCACUGCCACCGGUGCCCCAGUUGCCACUGGUUCUACUGGUCCCGUCGGCUCCACCACCUCUGUUGUUACUGCUACAAUCAGCGGUGUUGAGACUAUCUACACCACCACCUGUCCACUAAGUGCUACGGCCACCGGUGCCCCAGCCACCACUGGUUCCGCUGGCUCCACCACUUCUGUUGUCACUACCACUGUGAGCGGUGUCGAAACCAUUUACACCACAACUUGUCCUCUAAGUGGUGCGACUACCGAGGCACCAACUGCAACUGGUUCUGCUAUUCCCGUCGGCUCCACCACUUCUGUCGUUACUGCCACCGUCAGCGGCGUUGAAACCAUCUACACUACCACUUGCCCACUUUCUGCAACUCCUACUGUCAUCACUACUUCUCCAAACGGAGGAAUUGCCACAACCUUCACAAGCUUUGUCGCAACUUCCCCUGCUUCCGGUGUACCAGUAACUUCGGCUGUGACUACCGUUGUGCACCCAACAACCAUUGUGAGCACCGUUGUUUCCUGUGGUGGAGGCAAAUGCCAGGCUAGCGAGAUCUCGACUGUCUCGCAGGCCACUUCAGUGAUCGUCACCACCGAGAGCAGCACUGUUAGCAGCGCUGUUCCAACCACUAGUGGCUCACCUGUGUCCACCUCCACCGCCGCUGCCGCUGGUUCGGCCAAACCUUCUAGUACCACUGGCUUGUCGUCUGUUACCAUCAGUCAAUUCUCGACCGGUGGAGCCGCCAUUUCGAGCACAAAUGGUAUUUUGAUCGCCAUUGCUGCCAUCUUUGCCUCUAUUUUGUAA